CACUUUCCUCCUUCCCAAAUAUUUUCCGCAGCCCAAAAUUCCAAACCCCAAUUCCUGAUUAUAUCUUUCCUCUCCGCUUUCGCAGCAAUUCGAUUCUGAUCUUCAUCAAUGGCGCUGCCGAAUCAGCAGACCGUGGAUUAUCCCAGUUUCAAGCUUGUAAUUGUUGGUGACGGUGGAACUGGGAAAACUACAUUUGUGAAGAGGCAUCUUACUGGUGAAUUUGAGAAGAAAUAUGAACCAACUAUUGGUGUGGAAGUUCAUCCAUUGGACUUCUUUACAAACUGUGGGAAGAUUCGUUUCUAUUGCUGGGAUACAGCUGGACAGGAGAAAUUUGGUGGGCUUCGGGAUGGAUACUAUAUCCAUGGACAGUGUGCUAUAAUCAUGUUUGAUGUAACAGCUCGAUUGACGUACAAGAAUGUUCCUACGUGGCACCGUGAUCUUUGUCGGGUUUGCGAGAACAUACCAAUUGUACUUUGUGGAAACAAGGUUGAUGUGAAGAAUAGGCAAGUGAAGGCAAAGCAGGUUACCUUCCACCGCAAAAAGAACUUGCAGUACUAUGAGAUUUCAGCAAAGAGCAAUUACAACUUUGAGAAGCCUUUCCUAUAUCUUGCAAGGAAACUCGCUGGGGACCCUAACUUGCAUUUUGUCGAGUCCCCUGCCCUUUUACCCCCUGAAGUUCAGAUUGACUUGGUUGCACAGCAACAGCAUGAGGCUGAGCUUGCUCAAGCUGCUGCUCAGCCACUCCCUGACGACGAUGAUGACACUUUCGAGUAAGGAGCGGUUGGAUGGAGCUUGGAGUGCCUCUGUUAUGGAAUUUGUGGCAUUUUUCAUCGAUAGGUUUCCUUGCCAUCUAUAGGUUUCCAGAAUUUUGUCUCCAUAUUAGAAAGUAUCGAGGGAUUUUUCAUCGAUCAGUUUAGGAAUUUUCAAACUUCCUGAUGUUUCGCCUUGAUUUGUUUGUGAGAAGGACCCGAUGUGGUUAAUCAGUUAAAGAUACGGUGGACUAUUGUUUGUAUGAACUAAGACUGCAUGCAGAAUUUUAGUUUUUUCAUGUAUUAAGGGUGCAUUUCGUCUUAUAAUUCAA